AUGUUUUUAUACCAGACAGAACAGCAAGGAAUUCUACAUACGCGGCACAACCCUGUGCAAAAAACUUUAACCUUUAAAGAAGCCAACGGAUCGAUCCGGAAGGCAGGUUGUUCCUCCAGUUGUCCAACAACUCUCGCAUCGAGAUCAACUACAGUAAAAGUUGGUCGUUCCAGUUGCAACGAAUGUUGUGAAGGCUGUUGCAACGAAACAGAAUGGCGAACGAAUCCACACGAACAGAGGGCUGACAAGUCACCAUCACGACUUCGGCAAACUUGGAAACUGUUGUCCAGUAAAUCCUCAUUACAAUCUGUUCAUCGUAUCGGCAGCGAGACGCUUUCAAGGUUGUGGCAAAACGUCAGACCGUCUGCCUCUCUUUCGUCACAAGGGUCGUAUCCAGGACACGAGUGCCCGCAUUCUCAUUCUCGCGUGUCGACGAUGGCGGCCAAUACUGUGACGUCACUCACUGACGCCUUUGUUCGAAUCGUUGCCGUGGUAACGGUGUUGUACUUCGUAUUACAUGAAAACAUAUUCCUAAUGGAGGGGGAACCGCCCACGUAAAUAAAAUGUCAGCGCCUCUUU